AUGAAAGCCGCCGUCAGUGUCCUCGGCGUACAGACUCCCACCUCCCGCUUCGGCAAGGAGACGGAUGGCCAUCAAUACCCCCAAAUCGCCACCUGGAGAUGUAACCUCACCGGCCUCUCCCAACGAACCAAUCUCUUCUUCAUAGCCCACACGGAAGCAAUCUACGUCUACAAACCCAUUUUCCCCUCCCAAGCACUCCCUCCAACUCCCAUUCUAACCAUCGAAACACCACCCUCCCGUCCCGGCUUAGAAGGAACCCUCGAUCCCGGAAGUCCUCGAGCAAUCAACUAUCUUGUCCUACAAGAUUUAGGUUUGGAGGAAAUCCUCGCCGUGGCCCGCGAUGACGGGGACGUGGAAGUCUAUCUCGUCGCACAUGUCGUCCGUGCGGUGGAGAGACGAACUGCUGGGGAGGAGUUUCCCGCGGAGCUGAGGCCGUUUUUCCAGCGUAACGUGGGACUCUCGGCUUGGGGACUGGCUGUUCAUUCCCAGGCGAGAGUUCUCGCUGCAAGUUCCAAUACGCAUAACGUGACGAUUUUCAAAUUCGGUCUCGUGGAUGAAGAUGGCGAUGACGAUGAGACCAGACGGCAAGAUGCCACGCACGGCAUUGUCAAUGGUACGACGAAUAUCCCAUCCAUCGCAUUCUGCAAUACUGGAGAUGACCCGGAUUGUCGCUGGUUAAUGACGACAGAUAUCGUCGGAGAGACCCGGGCAAUUGAUCUCCAUAGCAUGCAAGUCGUUCAGAAAUUCUCGUUUCUAGAUGAUAUGCAACAGCUCCGCCACGAUCCCAACAAUGCAGGCUGGGGACUCAUCUUCCUUGACAAACGCUCCUUCAUCCCGGCCAAAGAUAUGCAAUCUGCUCUGGGACCCAUGCAUGGGAAAGUCAACUAUAACGACAAGAAAUUGUGGAAUACCGGUCCCAGCACAACUCAUGAUUGGGAGUUUUCCGAAGAGACCGCUGGUGAUUCAACUGAAGAAGGUCCGUAUGAGAUGGAUACCGACUCGGCCGAAGAAGAAGACGAAGAAGAUGUGAUACUAUCCUACAAACCAUCAACCAGAUUCCUCUUCCGCAAUUAUCCCUCGCGACAAAAUCCCUCCUUACCCUUCACAGGCGGGGCGCUCGAUUGUCCCAUUCUGCACACCUCCGUACAAAACGCCUACCUCCUUCAACCCAGCAACUCCGACCCGGUAAUCUCCUGCUCGGAACUCCUACACCAAAUACUCCCCAGCAACCUCUACUGGCUCCAUAGAUUCGCCCGCUUAAAUCUCCACGCAUACAUUCCUUCCAUUGGAGUCGUAGUCGUAGCUUCACAAAUGGGACGAGCAGCUAUCCUCUCCCUCACGAAACUUUCAGGCGAGGAAGUAUAUACGAUGCGUGUCGAUGCUAUUGUACCGUUCAAGGAGCAGGAGGAACGAGGGGAGAGACCUUGUAUGCCGCUUGCGGGAAUCGCGGUCGGGUGUAUUCAGGGGACGGAGAAGUUGGAAUUGGGGCGGAGGAGGUGGAGGUUGAUGAUGACGUAUUGUGAUCACACGGUGUUGAGUUUUGAGAUUCGUAGAAGGGGUAGGACGGGUGGAGAGGAAGGGGAGGUUGGAGUGCAGGACAUUGUGGUGUGA